AUGAGCACGUCGAAACGCAGCUCCCCUCCACCCUCACCCGCCUUUUUGCAUCGACACAAACGAGCACGCCACUCGCCCUCGCCACCUGCUGCCUCGACCGCGAGGAGUUCGACCUCAACGUCGACGGACCUGUUUGCGAUAGCAGCACGGAUCCGGGCGGAUCGAAGGGAGCGGGACGAGUACCUGGAGCGGCAGCACCUUGCAGACCUCGCCGCAGAGGAUGGCUCCGAGUGGCGCAGCGCGGGCGUAGGUGCGUUUGGAGCGGGGAGCGGCGCGAUGGACGACAUGGACGAGGAAGAGUACACCGAGUUCGUACGAACAUCCUCCACCGCCUCCCACGAUCGCGAUCGCGGCAAAGAGAGGGGGUACGAGAAGACGGCAGAGGAGCGCGAGGCCAAACGACACCGGCGGGCGUGGAAGCGGUACAUGAGGCGGUGGGAUCAGGUCGUCUCGCUCUCCGCCCUCCUCAAGCAGGAGCGAGGAAGGGAGGAGGAGGGGCAGAGGAAGAGGUGGUGGGACCUUCCCUGGCCCCUCGCUUCUCUCCUCUCCAGCUCGACAUCGACGUCGCACCGCGAGCGCGCCGACAGGCCGAGCAACCUCAUCGGCCCUUCCCUCCCUGCACCGCGCCACCAUCCCCCGUCCUCGAGGCACAACGAGCAACAAGAGGAGGAGAUCACACCACCCGCCAUUGCCAACUUCCUCUUCUGCCAUCCCUCCAUCUCCUCCGCCUCAUCGUCGAGCGACGUGAAGAGGGCAAAGGAAAACCUCCUGCGCGCCACGAUACGAGCCUACCACCCGGAUCGCUCCGCGGCCACCCUGCUCGCCGUCGCCGAUCCCACGGAUAGGGACAGGGUGCAGACCAUGAUCCUCGCCGUCUCGCAGGGUCUCAACUCGUUGCUGGAGCAGGUCAGGAAUGGCACGGCAUGA